AUGGCAUCAAAAAGAAAACACGAGAUGAUUGAUGUAGAAAUACCCAAACUACCUACACAUGAUUCAAAACGCACAAAAUUGUUUGUUAUUGGUAGCAAUGAUUGUGGCGAACUCGGCUUAGGGGAAAGUUUUGAAGAAGUAAAAUAUCCUAGAUAUGUUGAAAGUUUGGUAGAUUUUCCUAUUGUGAAAAUUAGUUGUGGAAGUUUACACGUAGCAGCUCUAACUCGAUAUGGAAAGGUUGUUACUUGGGGUUGCAAUGAUGAAGUUACUAAAAGUGAAGAAAAUCCAAAUGAAACUGAUGAAAAUGUACCAGCAUAUGCUCAAGGUCUUGAUAAUAUAAUUAUAGUUAAGGUCGCUUGUGGUUCAAAUAUAACGUUGGCUUUAUCUGAUAAAGGCCAAUUAUAUGCUACCGGGACAUUUAGAGAUAAUAAUGGGAAAACUGGGUUUACUUCAGCAAUUAAUAAGCGAUCAAUGUUCGUAAAAUACAGCUCUACUUCUCACUUAAAAAUCGCUGAUAUCGCCGUCGGAGAGAAUCACGUAUUAGUUUUAACGACUAGUGGUUAUGUAUACACUUUUGGGUGCAUGGAUUCUUAUCAGCUUGGAAGAAGAAUAUCGGUUCGUAAGCCUAACGGUUUAAUGUUAAUUCCUGAAAAAAUAUCAAUCAACCGAAUUAGAAAGAUUUUUGUCGGAGGAAAUCAAAGUUUUGCAAUCGAUGAAGAUGGAAUGAUAUAUACAUGGGGUCAAAAUGCGGAAGGCCAGUGUGGUAGUGAAUUGCCAAAUCCUAUUAUAACUCCAAUGAAGUUAGAAUUCUUCGAAAACUUAUUCAAAGUAAAACAAAUUUCUACAGGACUUCACCAUACGUUGGUCCUUCUAGAAAAUG